AUGGAAUUCGCAGUUAAUAAUGUGUCAAACGAAACCUGUCACGAGAAUUCUACAUGCAUUUGUUCUCAGUGGUUUCAUAUUAACAUUGGUCGGAUUAGUUCUUGGAUUAAUAAUAAUAUUCAUAAGAGAGCUACAUUCUACAUCCACAAUGAACACUAUCUUCAUCGUGAUAACCAUGAUCUUCAUAAAUGUUGGUGUUGCAUUACUAAUGUCAUUUGCGAAAUGAGUGGUCUACCAUAUGCAAUCUUGGUUUGUUGGUGCGGUGAAAUGUUAAUUGUGAUGAUAUUCACAACAUAUUAUUUGUAUGAACACAGUGAACAAGAACAUUUUUCAUUACUCUACUGUGUUUUCCUAUUGAUGUAUGAACAUAUCAUACUUGUCAUCAGUUUACAAUUUUCUUUAAAUAUAGUCAUCGAUUGUAAAUGCAGCAAUGUCUCGCAAGGUCAUACUUGGGCCAUGUUCUGGGAAUCUGCUGCUGCAUAUUCGCAGAUCAAUGAUAUUUUAUCACGACCGAAUCUCACAAUCAAAGAACUUCUAGAUGAUGAUGAUGUUUUACAAAAAUGUCGUGAAAAAGAUCCACGUUUGAUUAAUUUUUUAUCAAAGCCAGAUAAUUUAAAUUACCUAAUAGAUUUAGUUAGUCAAACACCUAAAUCUUCUGAUUUCAAUCGAGAUUUGUAUAGAUAUUCUAGUUUAGCUUGUGAAAUUCUAACAAAUGAUAUCAAUGAAAUACUAGAUGGAAUAAUUGAAUUAACCGAAUCAACAAUUGAUCACCAUACUUCUAACGAGUCACAUAAUAAUGGUAGUAAUAAUAACAACAAUAAUCACAUGUUAGAAUCCAAUCAGAUAAAGUCUAUACCAAUACCAUCCUACUUCUCUUCACCUUUACCAUCAUCUUCAAUGAUUAUCAAUGAUCAUAGUUUGACAGAGAUUAAUAAUAAUAAUAAUAAUAAUAAUAAUCAAAGUUGUAAUGAUAUGUUAAUAGUUAGCAAUAAUUCAUCGGAACUACACCAAAUCGAUCAUUAUUCCAAUGUCCAUGAUGAUGAUGGUACCAAUCAUUUAUCAUCUUCAAUGUCUAUUAUUAAUGAAUCAUCAUCUAUUAUCAAUGGUCAUCAUAGUAGUCAAUUAUUUGACAACAAUAAUCAUCAUCACAAUUCAAUAAAUGAUAUAAAUGAAAUCUUCUCAUCUAGUUUAAAACUUUCUCCACCAAUGUCAUUGACAACACCUCAUUCAUCUACAGUCAUUAAAUCAAAUGAUUCUAUUCAAAUGAAUUCAUCAAUGACUACAUGUCGACGACGUGUAGAUUUAUUAUUGAAAUUUUUUCAUUAUUCUAAUCAACCAGUUAAUCCAUUAUCAGCUAGUUUUGUUUCACGUUUAUUAAUACAUUUAACAUUACAUCGUGGAAAUAUUAUUAUACCUUAUUUACGAUCAUCAAAGGAAUUUCUUGAUCAGUUAUUCUUAUCGUUGGAUUCUUCCUCUGUGGCCGAUUUAAUUAUACAAUUAUCUCAACAAGAAACAAAACAACAACAUAUGAUUUUUGAAUGGUUUAAAACAGAUCGACUUGUUGAACGUCUUAUUGAGAAAUUUGAUCCAAUCUAUUCGUCUGACGCACAUGAAUCGGCAGCUCAUUGUCUAAUCGAACUCAUCACUGUUCUACGCAAUUAUUUAGUGAAUAAUCCUCCAAUUUAG